CUGCUGCUCGCUGGCGCGCACCGUGUGCGACGGCUCGCGACGACGCCAGUCCGCAAAAAAGUAUUUCGGCCUGCGCGUCGUCGAACUGCUCGUCGUACGCGCUUUUCUGAGUACGCGUGGCAGCAGCAAAAACACAGUCCAUGUCGAGCAUCACCGACGAGCUCAUCGCCGGGACUGCGGCCGGCUUUGCCUCCACCAUCCUCGGCGCGCCGCUUGACGCGGUCAAGGUGCGGAUGCAGCACCUGCAGCAGCCCGGCCUGACGACGUGGGCGUGUGCACUGGCGAUGCUGCGAGAGAGCGGCGUGCCCGCCUUCUUUCGCGGUGUCGGCGUGCCGCUCCUCAACUCGGUGCUGAUGAACACGGUCAUGUUCGUCGUCUUCGAAGAGGUGCGGUCGGCGUUGCCAGACACGACGGGAGGCGCGCUAGCAGCAGGCGCGGUCUCUGGCCUCGCGCAGUCUCUUCUCUCGACGCCGAUGGACCUGCUCAAGAUCCAGGUGCAGCUCCGGGGCGGACACCCGCUCUCGAUCCUCCGGCGGCUGGCGGCGCGGUCCGGCGCCGUCGGAGUCGCGUCCACGCUCUCGGUCGGCGGCUCGAUGAACAUGCUCCGCGAGGGCGUCUUCACGGCGGUGUAUCUCGGCCUCUACUCGAGGCUGCGGCAGCGGCUCGAGCUCGCGCAUGGGGAGCAGGCGCUGCACAGCGGCCACGUGCUCGCGCUCAGCGCUCCGGUCGGUGCGCUCGCAUGGCUGAGCUGCUACGGCUUCGACACGGUCAAGUCGGUGCAGCAGAGCCAGCCGCUUGACCGCGCCGCCGCAAACAAGGCGCCGCCGCUGUCGACGGUCGCCGGCGCGACGCGGCACGUGUGGGAGCGAGGAGGGGUGGCCGGCUUCUAUCGCGGCGCGCUGGCGAGCACGUCACGGGCGGUGCUCGUCACGGCGAGCCGGCUAGUCGCGUACGAGCGCACAAAGGCGCUGCUGUCCGAGGCGUGACCGCUAGCUUUCGCGGGUGGCGUCUGUCUAUCAGAGGGCGGCCCACCACUUCGUCGGGCACGGCCUUAGUUGGGGUCGGUCGCUCCGGCGAGUAUGUGUGUGUGUAUCGCGCGUCGCGCAUGUGUGUACGGCCUUUUUUGUGCAAAUGCCGAUGCCCGGGCACGGCCUUAGUUGUUAGUUGGGGUCGCUCCGGCGAGUAUGUACAUGCGGCCUGGUUCGGUGGUUGGCGUACCUUACCUUACCUUGGUGAGACGGCA